GAUGCAGAACCCGGCGGAAGCUGCAGCGACGGUGUCGGGUGCGAAGGAGACCGACGGGCUAACGCUAGCGGCGGAGGUGGAGGAGAAGGGAACGGUGUCGCUGCUGGAGGGGGCCGACGAGAAAGAUUACUACGAACGCAUGGAAAAGAUGAGGGCAGAGCGGCUGAACCGUGGCAGGGGUCGCGGGCGAGGCAGGGGGAAGGGCCGCGGGAGGGGGGGGCGAGGAGGAGGAGGGCGUGGGCGUGGUCGCGAUGGUGGCGACGGUGGCGGAGACUGAAUUAGACCACAGGAUGAAAGUAUCGCAUUGCAGUGUAGUCCGACCACAGAAAGAAAGUGUCGUGUGUGGCAUCGCGGUGGGGGAGACUGAAUGGGGCCUCAGACAGAGAGUGUCGCGCAGCAGUUGGGCGUGGACGGCAGCAGUGUUGAAGCAACAGAUAUAUGCAGCGUUUUUAGUGGUGUUGUCGUGAGGGGGUUGCCGGGUUUUUUCAGGCAGCGCGGUAGGGAAUUGGGCCAUGUCGCGGAACUGUUCUAUCAGGACUGGAUGGCCUUGCAACUGCGAUGGUGUUGUGACUUGGAUAGUCUCGUGACUCUGAUGGUGUUUUAUGUGUCUGUUUGCACGGGAGUUUUUUCUUGGCAUUCGGCGUUUGGUGGCCGUGUGUGCCUUGUGUGCCUUGUAGCUUGUGGCUGCUGCUGCGGCAAGGUCCGCUGGCCCGAACCUCUCGUCACCCGCGGGAGAGCGAUAAGACCCUUGCGGGAUGUCGUGGACACUGUCACACUGCGGCUGGUUGUAGGCCGAAAGCUUUUCUAAUUGUUUGAAAGUAACAACCAUGGGUCACGGUUGGGCGAGGUAGGAAUGGACGGGUCGGGAAGACUGUGAAGAAAGGAAAAAAAUCGACCAGUAGCGUGGUAAUGGAUAGAGGCAAAAUUGAUCCGCAAGUAUUCAUAUGGUGGGGAAAAAUUAGCGGCUCGAACCAAGGCGUUUUAUGUGUGGGAGAGGUAAAGAGUAAGGUCGUGUGUGCGGCAGGGGGGGUUGUUGCAGGACCUCCAUCGUUCUACUGAUUUGUUGUACGAUGGAGUACGCUAAACAAUGAUGAAUAUUCACGAAUAUUCCAGUUCCCGCAAGGAAAUAAUGCACCGCAUAGUUUGGCGGAUCCGGACCUGAACAUGAGCAAGAAACACA